AUGAUCGAUUGGCUAACUAGUUUACUGGUUGGUAGUUCAGUGUCAUUCAUCAUGACCUUUUCAUUUUGUUUCUGUUUUAAACGUGAUCGUGCUACAUACAGUGUAUCAUCAAAUAAUGGAAAUGUUGAUUCAUUGAAAACCACAACUGUUACUUUAGCACCAUUGCCAUUAUCAUCUGAUGCAGCCAUUAUUCCCAUGGAAUCAGAUUAUGAAAAAAUUAUUGGUUCAUCAGGUGAUGGAGAAAUACGUAUUAAUACUGAUUUUAGAGAUUCGACAACAUCGAUGGAAUAUGGAGGUUAUACGAAAUUAACACCAAUUCGAUCUCAACAACAAUCAUUCGACGAUGAUACACAACUCUAUGCUACUGUUGAUAAAACAAGAUCAGUAGGAAAUAGUGAAAUGAGAACAACACCAAAUGCAACGGCUGCGAUUGCAGCGGCCAUUAGACAAGGUUCAUCGCCAGCAUCGACUACUACUUCUGCAUCACCACAAGCAAUCUUCUCUGGAAGUUCAUAUUUAACUGGAUACACAAUGGCAUCUCAAAAUCCACCUGAACAUCCGCCCCCACCUCCUCCUCCUCCGCCGCCGCCGCCAUUACCACCGCUUUUACCUCAAGUCUAUGGUAGUACAACUACAAAUAUCAAUGAUUCUAGUCGUCGUCCUCAUUACGAUGAAGUCAUAACACGAGAAUCAUUACAAUACCGUGCACAACGCUUACAAAUGGAAGAACAGCAACAGCAACAACAACAAAUGCGUGAAAAUUAUUAUUCGUCUGUAAAUAGUGAACGUGGUACAACGACAGGUAGUGAUCUAUACGCUGAAAUCGCCAACGGUAGUGCAUCGGGUACAGUGCAUCAAAGUCAACAAGCCUAUUAUUAUACGCGACCAUCAGCUGGUGGUAGUGGCCUAGGCGAUGAUUUAUCUGAAAGAUAUGCAACUGUUAUUGAAUCUGCUGAACAACAGCCAACAACAAAUCGUAUAUAUCAGGAUGUUGAUACAAUGAAACUUUAA